AUGAAUUCGACUCAGCCACAGAGAGAUGCUCUAUCUGGUACUGCCCAUGUAGAGCUGCUCGGCAAGUCACUCAAUAUAAAUCAGCGCAUGGGCGUUUUUGUUACCAGCAAUCCCGGUUACGCCGGUCGCAGUAAUUUACCAGACAAUCUCAAGAAAUUAUUCAGAUCUCAGGCUAUGACUCACCCUGAUAGAGAAUCUAUCGCCCAAGUCAUGCUUUUCUCGCAAGGUUUCAGAUCCGCCGAAAAGCUCGCCUCUAAGAUUGUCCCCUUUUUCGUUCUCUGCGCCGAGCAGCUCUCUCCUCAGCCUCACUAUGAUUUUGGCCUUCGUGCUCUCAAGGCUGUCCUCAUUUCCGCCGGUAAUCUCAAGCGUGAUCGUAUCUUAUCCUCUGUUGACACCCCCAACCAAGGCGAGAACAGCCUUAUCGAACAAGAAAUACUUAUUCAAAGCGUUACUGAAACUAUCGUCCCAAAACUCGUCGCUGAGGAUGUCCCCUUACUCACUAACCUCUUAUCAGACGUUUUUCCAGGUGUUGAAUACGUACCCGUCGAUUUGUCUGCUUUGAAAGAAAAAAUUGCUCUUGUUUGCUCCGAGAGGAAGCUCGUUAAAGGUGACUUAUGGCUCACCAAGGUUUUGCAACUUUACCAGAUUCAACGCAUUCAGCACGGUUUGAUGAUGGUUGGUCCCGCUGGUACUGGUAAAACUCAAGCUUGGCAGGUAUUAUCUCAAGCUUUAGAAAGACUUGACGGCGUUGAAAGCGUUUCUUACGUCAUUGAUCCCAAAGCAAUGUCCAAAGAAGCGCUUUACGGUACCCUUGAUCAAACCACACGUGAAUGGAACGACGGCCUUUUCACCCAUAUCUUGCGCAAAAUCGUCGAUAAUGUUCGCGGUGAAAGCUCAAAAAGACAUUGGAUCAUCUUUGAUGGUGAUGUUGAUCCUGAAUGGGUUGAGAACCUCAACAGUGUUCUCGAUGACAACAAGCUUCUCACUCUCCCCAACGGUGAGCGUCUCAAUCUGCCAUCCAACGUUAAGAUUAUGUUUGAAGUCGAGCAUCUAAAGUAUGCAACUCCUGCAACUGUCAGUAGAUGUGGUAUGAUUUGGUUUAGCGGUGAUGCUGUCACACAGGAAAUGUACUGUACAAACUAUCUUGAUACCCUUGCAAACAUGCCUCUCGAUGGUGAUGAAGAGACUGGCAUCGAUAUGACAGUGCGGCGUGGCGAGGUUAUUUCAAACAAAAACCACCAGACUUCUCCUUCACUUCAACUUCAAAGAAAUGUGGUGGACAUUCUCAAGCCUUCUUUUCAGCCAGGCAUGAUAGUAGACAGUGCACUAAAACAUGCUGCUACUUACGAGCACAUAAUGGACUUCACCUUCAUGCGCGCACUCACUACGCUCUUCUCACUUAUCAAUAAAUCUAUAAGAAAUGUUAUUGAUCACAAUCUCCAACAUUCAGAUUUCCCCCUUUCAAUUCAACACGUUGAGCAAUACAUCAACAAGCGCCUUUUAGUAGCUAUUGUUUGGGCUUUUACAGGCGACACAAAAUUAGACCUCCGUCUUGAAAUGGGUGACUAUUUACGGGGUCUCACGACAAUUGAGUUACCAAUAAUUGGUGAUGGUAUGUCCUUAAUAGACUUCGAUGUAAACGUGGCUACUUCAGACUGGUUCAAUUGGACAGAGAAAGUUCCUACAAUCGAACUAGAGACUCAUGCUGUUACUGUUGCUGAUGUGGUCGUUCCUACCGUUGAUACGAUCAGACAUGAGGAGGUUCUCUAUUCUUGGCUGUCUGAACACAAACCUCUGAUGCUCUGUGGGCCACCAGGAUCUGGUAAAACAAUGACACUCUUCUCUGCAUUACGUAAAUUACCAGAUAUGGAAAUUGUUGGACUUAACUUCUCAUCUGCUACCACGCCAGAGCUCAUUUUGAAAACAUUCGAACAAUACUGUGAACUUCGUAAAACACCAAAUGGAAAUGUAUUGGCUCCAUCUCAAAUCGGUCGUUGGUUGGUGGUUUUCUGUGAUGAGAUCAAUUUGCCGGCCUUAGACAAGUAUGGUACACAAAAGGUUAUCUCUUUCCUGCGUCAAUUAGUGGAAUCGAACGGUUACUGGCGCACAUCUGAUAUGACAUGGGUGCAGCUGGAACGAAUUCAAUUUGUUGGUGCAUGUAACCCACCUACUGAUCCUGGACGUGUUCCACUGACCCAAAGAUUCCUUAGACACGCACCACUUGUCAUGGUCGACUAUCCCGGUGAAAUAUCUCUCAACCAAAUUUACGGCACAUUUAAUCGCGCUUUACUCAAGUCGGUCCCUCAAUUGCGCGGCUAUGCUGAGGCUUUGACUGGUGCAAUGGUUGAACUUUAUCUUGAGUCACAGAGAAGGUUUACGGCUGAUAUUCAAGCUCACUAUAUCUAUUCACCACGUGAAUUGACUCGUUGGGCUAGAGGCAUCUUUGAUGCGAUAAAACCAUUAGAUACGCUUACAGUUGAAGGUCUUGUCAGAAUAUGGGCACAUGAGGCUCUUCGUCUCUUCCAAGACAGGCUUGUUGGCGCAGAUGAGAGAAAGUGGACAGAUGAACGCGUUGAUUCUAUUGCUUUAAAGCACUUCCAGAAUAUCGAGAGCGAAAGUGCGCUUUCCAGGCCAAUUCUUUUCUCCAAUUGGUUGUCUAAGAAUUACGUCUCUGUUGAUCGUGAGGAAUUGAGAGAAUUCGUUAAGUCCCGUUUACACAUAUUCGAAGAGGAAGAGCUUGAUGUUCAGCUUGUUUUGUUCGACGAUGUUCUUGACAAUGUCUUACGUAUUGAUAAAGUUCUCCGACAAGUACAAGGUCAUGCUUUAUUGAUUGGUGUCAGUGGUAGUGGCAAAACAACGCUUUCACGCUUUGUCGCUUGGAUGAAUGGUCUCAGUAUUUUCCAAAUCAAAGUUUCGAAUAGCUAUACAGGUGAAGAUUUCGACGAAGACCUCAAAACAGUACUGCGCAGAGCAGGCACGAAAGAUGAGAAAAUUUGCUUCAUUAUGGACGAAUCAAAUGUUCUUGACUCAGGCUUUUUGGAGCGUAUGAAUACCUUGCUCGCCAAUGCCGAGGUUCCAGGAUUGUUUGAAGGAGAUGAGCAUUCUUCACUUAUGACAGCUUGUAAAGAAGGGGCAGCCAGAAACGGCAUGAUGUUAGACUCGCACGACGAAUUAUACAGGUGGUUCACUAGUCAAGUCUCAAGAAACUUACAUGUUGUUUUCACCAUGAAUCCACCAGAAAAUGGCUUGGCUUCAAGAGCUGCUACGUCCCCUGCACUUUUCAACCGCUGUGUUGUUACAUGGAUGGGUGAUUGGGCACCUGCCUCCCUUGCAACCGUAGCUUCCGAGCUUACUGAUCCUCUUGAUAUCGAUACGCGUGUUUACAACCCGCCUGCUCCAUUUCCCACUGCUCAUCAUACUCUUCAAGCAGAUCUUACUUACAGAGGUGCCGUUGUAAACGCCUUCGUUUACGUGCACCUAUCUUUACAUGAGAUCAGCAAGCGCUUGAGUAAACGACAAGGUCGUUAUAACUAUGUCACUCCUCGACACUACUUGGAUUUUAUUGACCAAUACGUUAAGUUGUUCAAUGAAAAGCGUAAUGAACUGGAAGAGCAACAGCGUCAUUUGAAUGUUGGUUUAGAUAAACUACGCGAUACGGUAGUUCAAGUUGAUGAACUUCAAAAAAGCUUAGCCGUAAAAGACACUCAAUUGAAAGCCAAAGUUGCCGAGGGAGAUGAAAAAUUAGCCAAAAUGCUUGAAGAGCAGAAACAGGCCGAGAGCAACAAAGCUACCUCAAUCCAAAUUCAAAGUCAGCUUCAAGAACAGAACAAAAACAUAGCGCAGAGGAAAGAGGUUGUUAUGACUGAUCUUGCUGAUGCUGAACCAGCUGUUAAAAGUGCACAGGAGUCCGUUAGUAAUAUCAAGAAGCAACAUCUCACAGAAGUCAGAUCUAUGGGUAACCCUCCAGAAGGUGUCAAGCUCGCUAUGGAAUCCGUUUGCACCGUACUGGGACAUAAACUUGAUGGUUGGAAGACCGUUCAGGGUAUCAUCAGAAGAGAUGAUUUUAUCCAUUCAAUCGUUAACUUCGACACUACCAAGCAAAUGUCUAAGAGCCUCAGCGAUCGUAUUAAAAAUGAGUUCAUGUCGAGACCUAAGUACAACUUCGAAGACAUUAAUCGUGCAUCGAAAGCAUGUGGACCUUUAGUUAAAUGGGUUAUUGCUCAAGUACACUUUGCGGAGAUACUCGACAGGGUCGGUCCACUUAGGAACGAGGUGCACUAUCUCGAAGAAAAGAGUUUGCACACACAGAAGCAAGCCAGCACUAUAAUUGACAUGAUCAAAGAGCUCGAAGACAGCAUAGGAAAGUACAAGGACGAGUAUGCAGGCCUAAUUUCGGAACAGCAAGCUAUUAAGAGUGAGACUGAGCGCGUACAGAAAAAAGUCGAAAGAAGUAAAACAUUGUUGAGUUCACUUUCAGCCGAGCAAGAUCGUUGGGAGACAAGCUCAAAGACAUUCGAGUCUCAAAUGAGUACGAUUGUUGGAGACGUACUUCUAUCAGCUGCUUUCCUCGCAUAUGCUGGCUUCUUUGACCAACAGUACAGAGAAGCAAUGUGGAAUGGCUGGGUUACAUAUAUGAAUGAUGCUGGUAUUAAAUUCAAACAGGAGCUCUCGUUCGCCGACUAUCUCUCGACUGCCGAUGACAGACUUAGCUGGCAAUCUAAAUCUCUUCCAGCAGAUACUCUCUGUACAGAGAAUGCCAUCAUGAUGAGUCGUUUUAACAGGUUCCCACUCAUCAUUGAUCCAUCUGGUCAAGCAUCUAAUUUCCUUAUCAACGAGUAUAAAGGUUCGAACAGAAAAUUGAGUGUGACCAGCUUUUCGGACAACUCAUUCCUAAAGCAGCUGGAAUCAGCAAUGAGAUUCGGUAAUCCAAUACUCGUUCAGGAUGUAGAGUUUUUGGAUCCGAUCAUUAACCCAAUAUUAAACAAGGAGAUUCGAAGAAGUGGUGGUCGUGUACUUAUUCGUGUUGGUAAUCAAGACAUCGACUACUCGCCUGCCUUCAACAUGUUCCUAAUGACACGUGAUCCAAGUGUCGAAUUCAGUCCAGAUGUUUGCAGUAGAGUAACGUUCGUAAACUUUACCAUGACGAGAAGCUCUCUCCAAUCUCAAUCUCUAGACCAAGUGCUCAAAUCAGAAAGACCAGACGUAGAUGCAAAGAGAACAAAUCUUCUCAAACUACAGGGCGAGUUCAGACUGCGGUUGCACUUCUUGGAAAAAGGUCUGCUACAGGCGCUGAAUGAGUCAACUGGUAACAUUCUUGAUGAUGACAAAGUCAUUGAAACUCUCGAAACACUGAAGAAAGAGGCUGCUGAUGUUACGGUUCAAGUUGAGGAUACUGAUACAACUAUGGCGGAGGUAGAUCAUGUGACUUCUGAGUACCAGCCGCUUGCAUCUGCUUGCUCAUCUGUGUUCUUUGUUAUGGAUCAAUUGAAUCUCAUCAACCACUUUUAUCAAUUUUCUUUGAGGUUCUUUUCAGAUAUUUUUGAUUUCAUCAUACGUCAAAAUCCUCAUUUGAGCGGAAUUACAGACCAUAAAGAGAGACUAGACGUCCUCACUAAUGACCUCUUUCUGGUCACAUUUCAACGCACCUCUAGAUCGUUGUUACACGUUGACCAUGCUAUGUUAGCAGUCUUACUUGCUCAAGUUAAGUUAAGAACUUUAGCCGGAGCCUACGAUGAGGAUGAGUUCGAUUUUCUUAUUGAAGGUGGCGACUCUUUAGCUGGCAAGACUUCGGCCGCAAAUGAGUUCGAGAGCGUCUUCAAUGAUGAGCAGGCUGCGAAAAUAGAGUUACUUACUACUCGCAUACCAUCAUUAACUGACUUGAAGGCCGAUAUCAGGAACAAUUUGAAAGAAUGGGAGAGUUUCCUUGAAGCCAAUCAACCCGAACUUAAGACACCUCUCGUUCAUAGUGAAGGUUUGCCAGCACCAAUUCGUGAAGUGAGGGAUCUGCUCAUUAUAAAGUGUCUCCGUCCAGACAGAAUUAUACAAGCAACGUCACUCUUUGUCAAUAGUGUCUUCCACUCCGACUUAGCUAACUUGGCAUCGUACAACUUCCAGAAUCUGGUCCAAAAAGAGGUUGGACCCCAAACUCCGGUUGCACUAUGCUCCGUACCCGGUUAUGAUGCAUCUUAUCGAGUGGAUAACCUUGUCAGCGGUUUGGGUAUCAAGUGUACAUCAGUAGCGAUGGGUUCGCCAGAGGGUUUUAAGCAGGCAGAGCAAGCAAUAUCUCAAUCGUCUAGAGCUGGUCACUGGGUGUUGCUAAAAAAUGUACAUUUAGCUCCUGGAUGGCUCACUCAAGUCGAGAAAAAACUCCAAACGCUCAACCCUACGCCAAACUUUAGGCUUUUCUUGACUAUGGAGACAAACCCACUGGUACCUAUCAAUAUACUCCGUCAGUCGAGGAUUGUUAUGAAUGAACCCCCUCCCGGUAUUAGAGCAAACAUCUUAGAGACACUGAGAAAUAUACCAUCUCUGAGUAUACAGAACGGACCAGUUGAAAAGAUGAGACUGUACUUUUUACUAGCAUGGUUCCAUGCAGUGAUUCAGGAGCGACUAAGAUACUGUCCUCUUGGUUGGAGUAAAUUGUAUGAGUUCAAUGACUCAGACCAGGCUAGUGCUCUGAAAAUGAUAGACACUUGGACCAACAGAGUGGCCAAAGGAAGGUCAAACGUAGAUCCUAACACCUUCCCGUGGGAGGCGAUCAGAACUUUGUUAAAAGAAUCUGUCUAUGGUGGGAGAAUUGAUAGAGAAUUUGAUCAGGAGCUACUCAACACGUUUGUUGACAAGAUAUUCACGCCUGAAGCAUAUGAGCUUGAUUUCCAACUUGCACCAGCGGUAGACGGUCAACCCGAUUUAGUUAUACCUGAAGGAACUAAAUUGGAACAAUUUAUAAGGUGGGCUGAAAGAUUGCCAGAAAGAGAGCCAAUCACCUGGCUCAACUUGCCAAUCACAGCUGAGAAAGUAAUUGCUAUUGCUCAUGGCACUGCUCUAUUUGGGAAGUUACGUAAGAUGAAGAGUUUGUCCGAUGAUGAUGAAACUGUUAUUGUUAGUACAAGUGAAGAGAGUACUCAACAGCCCGUCUGGAUGCGUAAUUUGAUGACUAAGUGCCAAGAGUGGUUGGGUUUGUUGCCAAGUGAAAUCGCACAAUUUGAUUCUGACGCUUCACGAGCACAAGACCCAAUUUUCAGAUUCUUUAAGAGGGAGUCAGAUCUCGGUAGAAAGCUUUACAGUGCUGUUAGAGGCGAUCUUGAAGACUUGACUGGUGUUUGUAAAGGUGAACUCAAGCAGACUAAUCACCUUCGCACUCUUAUGAGUGACCUGACUAAGGGCACUGUGCCAAGUAAUUGGAAAGCCUAUAAAGUUCCUAGCAGUUGGACUAUUACACAAUGGCUGCCUGAUUUCGCGUUACGUUUACAGCAAAUUCAAAGGUUAUCCAACGAGCAAAACUCACUUUCACAAUCAACGAUUUGGUUCGGUGGUCUUUUCUUCCCAGGCUCAUUCCUUACCGCGACACGUCAAGACAGUGCGCACAGAACGCGAGUCUCUUUAGAAGAGCUGCAUUUAGAGCUGUAUAUCAAUGACACAAACAAGGGCGGAUUUGCAGUUGAAGGACUAUACCUUGAGGGUGCUGUUUACGUGGAUGAUAAACUUUGCGCGACUAAUAUUGAUCCUGUGAGAUUGCGUACGUGCAAGCUGAAGUGGACAGCAAUACAGAAUCAAGUGCUACAAAAUCCCGUUACCAUACCUGUAUACCUCAACCACAAAGACAGAGAGGUGGUGUUGUUCAGUGUAAAACUGAGCGCUGAAGAUACUUUGUCUCAAGCAAAAGCUACUCAACGGUCGAUAUGUUUGACAGCAAGUGUGUAG